GAUACAAGAUGCCAACCACACCAAAAAUAUUAUGAAGCUAGAUUUAACAUUGUGGGAACAAACUGGCUUAGCCAAAUAUGAUAGUAUCCUACAGAUAAAUGAGUCUAAAUUUUUAAAUAUAGUGCCACUUAAAGGAUACAUUUACUGGAUGGAAUUAAAUUCAAAUAAUCAAUAUGUAAUAAGGCAAUCGGAUCUCGAUGGAAAAAAUAAAAAAUCUUUAUUUGAAGAGAAAGAUAAUAAAUGCUUCUGCCCAUACAAAUUACAAGAACCAUCCACCAUGCAGAUUGACAACACAAAUAUUGACCAACCGUUAAUGUAUUGGACAUCGAAAGAUCAUUUAAUCGCAGGGGACAUUUAUGGUUGUAAGUGCCGUUUGGUUCUCAGCGCUGGAAAUCAAAAAUUUUUCAAUUACUUAACAAUUGACAAGACAAACAUUUACUUAUUUAGUAGAGACGAACUCCAAUCCAUAGUUUAUCUCUAUAUGUUAAAUAAAAAAUAUGCUCUUAUCGAAAGCAACGAAAAUGCUUUUAAACAUGAAUUUAACAUAUAUAAGAUAGGCAAUAAGAGCCAAAUCGCUUUUAAACAUGUCCCAAAAGAUAUUGGUUUUGUAGAACCCAUAAAUUCAGUCAUAGCUCUUGAUGUAUCUUCGCAACCAUAUCCGCCAACAACGUGUCUGACACCUAAAGUAAAAAAUUAUGCUAUUAAAGUAACAAACAUAACCGCGAAUAGCAUCAUUGUAAAUCUCCCGGAACCGGAUCCCAAUGACGGCUGCGAAAAGUAUAACUUACCCACUACUAUAUAUAUCAUUUCUGUAAGCCAUUGUUUGGACAAUGAUCAUAACAAGUUCAAAAAAAGGAACGAGCAAACGCACAAAAGUCAUUACGAAAUAAAGAAUUUAACGCCAUUCACAGAGUACAGAUUAAAGCUGGCACUAAGCAAUUUUUAUGUUGACAAAUUCUCUAUGGACUUGCAAUUCGGCGAGGAUGUGAUACAGAAAACUAAUCCAGGCAAAUUCAAUGCGCCGGAAAAUGUAACUGUUCAAGUUCUAACUCCUACUUUAGCGAAGAUCUAUUGGAUGCCACCGCAGAAUCUAAACUGCGCGCAGCAAGUAAAUUACGAGGUGCAUUGGAAAUCAAUUCUUUUUUCAAAUGGCACACGAAAAAUAACUCAUCAAGUGCCACACAUCGAACAACUUUUUAAGCUCGAACGUACUGUAGAUGGCAAGUUUUUCACAAUAAUCCAAUCCCCGCUGCCAGGACAAGAAUACUCGAUAUACGUACGUGUGUAUCCUGCAAAUUUCAGUAAUUUCUUCACUGACAGCGUAGACAUAAGCGCCCAUAUGUACUCGGAACCUAAUAAUUUGACUUUAAGCGGAAUCAGUACAAACAGUAUGGCUAUUUCAUGGAUUCCAAGCCAUAACUUGAUCAAUUAUAAACUGGAAUACAAAAAUGUUACGAUGCAGGUGUGGAAAAUCGCGGACGAUAUUGAGAAAAAUAAUGACAAAGUAAUAUAUUAUAUAAAAAAUUUACAGCCGGGAACUUUCUACAAUUUUCGUUUGAUCUUGAAAUAUCCCGAGCAUAUGGAAGAUUUUAUAUGGCCGCUUGAUGAAAGAUUUUAUACUUUUAAAACACUUGCUGAUAUUCCGAGUGCUCCUGGGAUACCUAUGAUAACGAGACUUCCAAAUUCCACGUAUCAGUUAAAAUGGAAGCCUGCACAAGUUCACGAUUCACAAGUGAGUUUGUAUCGACUGGAAGGUUUAAUUGUCGAAAAUAAUUAUAAAGAAGAUAAUCAGGCAAAUAAACACUGGAAUUUAUAUUACAACGGAACACAUAACCACUGGGUAAUGACGAAAGGCAUGAAUCAGAAAUACCGAUUCCGCGUGCGGGCUGGAAACGCUUAUGGUUUUGGAGAAUGGAGUGAAACAAGCGCAGAAGUUGAUUUGACAGAUUCUAUCGAAAUAUUGGCUGCGCAUUAUUAUUAUUAUUUACUAUUACCAUUUGUAUUAAGCCUUAUCGUAACCCUUGCAGUCUAUAAUGUUUAUUACUUUUAUUGUUCAUAUGGACAAUGCAAAGAAAUUAACGAUCCAGUUUUGCCUGCGAUAAUGACCGACAUUGAAUUAGUAACUCAAAGUGAAUUGUCACACGAGUGUGUUCAGCUCAACAAGCUGUACAAUUCUAAAUUGCAACAUAAUUUAGAUAAAUGUAAUUUAAGAAUAAUAAAAAAAGAGCAAAUUAUUCGAACAAAGCUUCUAGGCAGUGGCCAAUUUGGAGAUGUAUUUAAAGGAACUGUGAAGAAUUUAGAAGGAUUAGACACAAUGCCUGUCGCAAUAAAGAUGCCACGAGAAAAUGCUUCCUCGCAAGAUAAAGAAAAAUUCUUGCAAGAGGCUAAACUUAUGAGCCAUUUUCGCCACAAACAUGUGUUAAGAUUGUUGUGCAUCUGUUUGGACACUGAUUCACCAAUGCUCAUAUUAGAAUUAAUGACAGCAAACUUACUAAAAUAUUUGAGAGAGAGUCAAACAUUGCAAUUGUCAGAUCCACACUCUUUGCGUCUGCAAGACUUAUUUGCUAUGUGCGAAGAUGUAGCACGAGGUUGUUGCUAUUUAGAAAAACUGCACUUUGUGCAUAGAGAUCUCGCAUGUCGUAAUUGUUUAAUAUCAACCAGAAAUCGUGAAAAUCGUAUUGUAAAAAUCAGCGACUUUGGACUAGCUAGAGAUCUUUACAAGAAUGCUUGUUACCAUAUGAAAGGAGAAGGUCCGCUUCCUUUUCGCUGGAUGGCACCGGAAUCUCUGAAGUACCAAAAAUUUACAUCGCAAAGCGAUGUUUGGUCAUUCGGGGUGCUUAUGUGGGAAAUUACGUCAUUGGGUCAACACCCUUAUUCUGCCAAAAAUGAUACUGAAGUAUCGCAAUAUGUGUGUACGGGGGGCAAACUGCCGAAACCUCUUAACUGUCCAUUGGGGUUGUAUCAACUUAUGCAACAAUGCUGGAGUGCGGUAGACAAUAGACCGAAUUUUAUAGAGUGCCUCAAAAAUAUUACAAUUCUAAGAGACAAUAUAGAAGACGCAGGACUGAUAUUAUCAAAUGAUUUUAUCAAAUAUGCAGAGUUGCCGUCGUCUGGACAGUUAGAAGAUUUUGUCGAAAGCACAACAUAACGUACCUCUGAAUCUUUAACUACCAAUGAUGUGUCAAAUGAUCAAAACAGAAUCUUUUACGUAAUCGUUUCCUUGACAGAGCGAUUUAUAAAAGCUUUGGCUGAGGAUUAUUUCAUUCACGUAUUCCCAUAUUUUGAAGCCCGCUCUUGCAUUUAUUAAUUAGUUUCGGUCAUUAAAGCAUUAAUUAAUUUUUUCCAAAUUUUAGAUUUUCAUUUAUUACGUAUCAUUAUGUAAGAUAUAAUGACACCUGUGUUUUCAAAAUUUUUAUUAUUAAACUGAGGAACAUUUUAGUGACGUAUUCCCAUAUUUUAAAGCUUGCUCCUGUAUUUUUUAAUUAGAUUCAGCCAAUAAAGCGGUAAUUAAUUAUGUCCAAAUUUUAGGUCCCCAUUUACGAAUCAUUAUAUUAUGUAUCGAUUGAGUGUUUUUUUGGAAUUUUUUAAUAUCAA